UGUAGAAACAUUCUCGAAGCCUAUGAGUUGUUUUCCUGCUUGUGUCUGGCAUGCUAAAUGGUGAAGCAAAUCACUUUACCAACCUACAGAUAACAUCAAUCAUCUUGUGAGAAGAGCACCCAAUUCUAUUUAACAGGACGCACUCCGGACACUUCUGUCACUCUGUGGCAAUAUCUGUGUUCAUGUCUCCAAACAUUAUAGAAGCUCUGAGCGAGCCGGCUGGUGUCUAGCAAGUUAGAUGGUCAAGAAAAUUAUUUUUUCAGCUUACUCACGGGAAACAUCAUUCACUGUCUGAGAAGAAAAUGGACAGCCAGAAAUUUGAAUUUGGCGAUCUCGACUUUGAUAAUAUGUUUGAAGAUUAUACAAAUGCUUACGACUACAUUAUUGACCCAGACGUGUCGCCCUGUUACUCUGAAGUGAAUGAAUCAAUCAACACAGCUCUGGCUGUUAUCUACAGCCUGGUGUGCUUCCUCGCUGUGACAGGGAACAUUAUUGUAAUGAUUGUCCUACUUUAUGAUCGACGUACCAUAUCAUCCACAGACACCUACCUGCUACAUCUGGCAGUGGCUGAUCUGCUCUUUGCUGUGACCCUGCCUUUUUGGGCAGUGGAUGCUGUAUCUGGCUGGGUGUUUGGUGAUGCCAUGUGUAAAAUUAUCAGCAUGUUACAGGAGAUUAACUUCUACAGUGGGAUUUUAUUGCUGGCUUGUAUCAGUAUUGAUCGUUUUCUGUCCAUCGUCUACGCUACACGGGUCCACAUGCGGAAGAGUCCAUUUAUAUGUCAGGUGGUUUGUGCUGCUGUUUGGUUGAUGGCUAUUAUCUUAUCUUUACCAAUUUUGUACAAAGGUGAAUUUACUCCACCUGGUUCCAAAAGACUGAUGUGUUAUGAGAUGCUUGAUGCGGAAUCAGCACCAAUUUGGAGAGUAACGACCAGAUUUUUGCGGCAUUUUAUUGGGUUUGUCAUCCCUCUCGCUAUCAUGAUUUUCUGCUACAGUGUGACAAUCCAGAAACUGUUUCAAACGAAGGGAUUCCAGAAACAUAAAGCGAUGAAAGUUAUCAUCGUGGUGGUGUUGGCUUUUCUCAUUUGUUGGUUCCCACACAAUAUUACUGUGUUCUUUGACACACUGAUGAGGAGCAAACUCAUUGCUGAGACUUGUGAGAAGCGUAAUCAUAUUGAUCAAACUUUAUUUGGAACUCGAAGUUUGGGAUUCCUGCACAGCUGCAUUAACCCAUUCGUAUAUGGGUUUAUCGGGGUAAAAUUCAGGAGGAAUCUGUUCAAGCUCUUGGCUUCAAAAGGCAUCAUGAAGCGAAGUUCUGAUUCACGAUAUACGAGGUCUUCAUCGUCUUCCUCAUCUGGCAUGUAAAGUCUUUGUGACAUUGGUUGAUGUCUAUCAGCAAAAUGACAAAUUAAGAAAAAACCAAAUGAGAAAGAAUGAGUGACUUUGUAACUCAUUGAUGAACAAUACAAUUUUGAACUUUGUUUUUAAGCUUUACUUACAAAAGCGAUCAAAACCGACAGCUUUGAAGAUGACUAUUCCACCACUUUGGCUGUAGAGGGCCCACUCCUUGGUAUUUGCUGCAUUAUUUAUCUCUGCACGAAUGCAUAAGGGGUUUGUACGGAAGCUCCACCUGAGUUAACAAGCAGUUAUUGAAUGGUGAGACCAGAACUGGACAUAGUAUUCCAGAAGAGGCCUCACGAAUGUCCUGUACAACCUCAGCAUGACUUCUCAACUCCUGGACUCAAAGACCUGCAAAAUGAAGAACUUCGAUCGCAAUUUGACAGGAGUCACACUG